AUGGAUGCGCAGAAUGCUGCCGGGUCCGACAAGCCGAAGCCCGUUGCUGCUGCGGAGAAGCGACCGGGCAAUCACCAGCCUGACGAGUCCAAGGAGCCAAGCAACAACAAGUCUGCAAAGACUGGCGACGAGUCCAUCAAAUCCCCACCUCAUCUGCCUAAGGACAUCAAGCCUAGCCUAACCGUAUCGCGUGCUCCUCUCGCCGCCGACGACCCCCCUGCCGAUCGAGACUCGGAUGCCGAAACCAUCGUGCUGCCGGGGAAGGAUGGCCACUCGCCCUCCAAGGUGAGGAAGGUAAAGCACGAAGAUCGCAGCGAUGGAGAGCCCCCGACUGCCAUGGUUCCCCGCAAGAUUCGUGAUGCUAGUGCUAGCAGAGACGGCGACAAGGAGAAGACGGGCGCCAAUCCUCUCCGCCCGUCUGAAACCGCCUCGUCGCUCGCAUUGAAGAAGAAACGUCUACACGAUCAAUCCGCCAGGACCAAAGAUGGUUCCAGUGGCCUCAGUUCGGCUCCAACCUCGCCUCCCCACCACAUGCGUCGAUCUGGUGGGCACUCCGACUCCGAUACGGGCGCUGACCGUAGGAAAUCUCCCAAACUGUCGAUGAAAGACCGAGCCAAGUCCACCGAUAGGACAAUACCCCACAAACGCAAAGCUCCCAAGGCAGAUUCGGAGGACGAGGCGGAAAAUCGAAAGGUCCGACGGCAACGCAUCAUCUCGAUACACAACAUCAGCAUCGAACGUGCGAACCGCCUGGCCAAAGAAGCAAAGUCCUCCUCGUCAUCAAAGAGAGAACACGACGGCCAUUCAGGAUCACGCACUAGAUCCGUAUCUCCCCACCACCCACGUGCCCACCGGCGGAGUGUUUCGACGCAGCUUCCUGCAAACUCCUCCAAUGGCCUAAGCCACAAGAAGAAGCGUUUGCCUCCCCCCUUGCAAUCGACCGAUUACCAUUCGGACGAAUCUUCCGCCAGCGGUAGCCCUCACCCUCGGAGCUCCAAGCUUCGCAACCUCUCCACCCCGGCCACCGCCGAGUCGAACAUGUCGCCUGCGAAGAUUGCACCUCACAAGAAACACCUCGACGCGCAUGGCCAAACCUUCCUCGCCAGAGCAUGUGCCAGGGGCGAAUACGACCUCGCCAAACAAAGACUGGGCGAGCGACCCGAGGACCUCAACGUAGCCGACUACGCUGGUAACACUCCACUGCAGAUCGCCGCAAUUAAUGGCUACGAAGACAUUGUGAAGCUCCUCAUCGACGCCGGCUGCAAUCUGGAUUGUGUGAAUUAUGACAAGGACACACCAUUGUUGGACGCCGUCGACAACGGGCAUUUGGGAGUUGUGAGGCUCCUUCUGAAUGCAGGCGUCAACCCAAGGAAGGCCAACCUGAGUGGCGAAGAACCUUUGGAUCGAGUCAGCGAUGACUUGGAGAAUGCAGACGAGUUUCGGGCCGCGCUUGUCGAAGCAAAGUCCAGGCAGGGUGACAGAAGACGCACGUCCGAGGACCAUCACCAGACCGAUCACCUUGACAGCCGCUCUUCUCAUGGACCAGAUAGCCCUCGACGAUCGCCGGCGCCCUCUGCUUCCCACGCCAGUGGCCGCCGGGCCGGUACUGUGAGGGCGAACAAGACGAGCAACCACUUGCUGUACAUGUCACUCGACGACAAGACCCUUCGACAAGCGGCUGGAAAGGGAGAUGAGGAGACUGUGACACGCAUUCUUCAGGUUAAAGACGGUUGCGACGAUUCGGAAGCCAUGGUCGCCGCCGCUCGAGGUGGCCACGAGGUGGUGAUUCAACUGCUGCUGGCGUUGGGCGGCGCAAACCCAGAUCCAGCCCCCGUCUCGAGCAUGCCCCCCGAGUUUGCAACACCCAUGCUGGCCGCGAUCGGUCAAGAAAAUAUCAAGGUUGUCAGGCUGCUCUUGGAUCAGGGAAACUUUGAUCCAACCCGGCGGUUCAAGGGGGAGACUUACUACGAAAUCGCGCGGCGGCGCCAAGGAACGAAUUGGAAAGACGAGGAGCACAUGCUCAAGGAAGCUUACGACGCGUAUAGGAAGUCGCAUCGUGACAUUGCCAAGACGAAAUCUCCGAUCAGGCGCGAGCGCGAAAGGGAUCGUGAAAGGGAUCGCGACAGAGACCAAGACCGUGAGACGAAGCGUCAAGGCCGCAACGAACUCAAAGACGAAGCUCGAGCGCACAAGCGCAACCUCUCUAGCCCUUCUCAUGAUCCCGAGAAGAGGAAGAAGCUUUCCACUCGAAACGUCACCAGCCCCAAGGAAAAGCGAAGGGCUGAUUCCUUCAACGAUGACCAAACCUCACCAAAGCGUGCUCCUGGCAGGCCCAAAAAGGAAGAUCGGGUGCCAACGAUUGCCGUUUCGGACCGAGAGGCAUCCCCUGCAUUGUCACAGAAACAAUCGGCCAGAUCAGUGAAGCGAGCAGAAUCCGACGUUGCCAUGUCGUCUGAAGGGGAGGCUGCCAAGCCUCGUCGAAAGUUGGUUUCCAAGGGGGAACUCCGCGGCGAGAGGGAAAAGAAUCGACGCGCUAGCAUGGUGUCUGCCACUUCGUCCAUCAAGGAUCCCUCGAGCCCCCGCGACCCGAAGCACGAUGAUCACCCCGAAAAGCCAAAGAUCGAGCCCUUGUCAGAAAAGUAUCAUGACCGCACCAAGGCCCUUAAGAGGGACGAGUCCAGAGAUCGGCUUUCUGUCUCGGGCGACAACCCUUCCAAGCGGCAUCGUUCCAGCGUCACUCCACCUCACUCGAUCACGGGCGAGAAGGAGGAAGGCGAAGCUCCCGUAAAGCGAAGGAGGCUCGAUGUUGACGGUAAAGAGCGACGACCGAAAUCGACAGCAUCUCCCGACGACCCCCACCGAGCUUCUCGCGAUGCCCCUCCGCGGUCCAAGUCAAGCCUUAGGGAACACGACGACAGUGAUCGUAGACCGCCUAAAAUCAAGACAGACUCCGAAGGACAUAGAAGAGAAUCCGGCAAGUCUAGCAACAGCGACAAGUCAAGCAUCCAUGUCAAGUCCGAGGACGUUGAUGUCGAGAUGCCCGAUGCGUCAGAAGUCAAAGACACGAUUGAAGCAGACUCUCGCUCAAAGAAGGAACGCGACGAGGAGAAGAGGCGCCUGGAAGAAAAGGAAAGACGACGAGAAGAAAAACGGCAAGAGGAGAGGAAGCGCCGUGAGGCCGAAGCCGAGGAAAUUCGCAAAAAGGAAGAGGAACGCCGGCAGCGGGAGGCUGAAGAUAAGAAGCGAGAAGCCGAGCAGAAACAGCGCGAGGCCGAAGAGAAGCAGCGCGAGGCCGAUGAGAAGCGAUUGAAAGAGGAAGAAGAGGCCAAGCAACGCGAAGAGCAGGAACGCAGACGCAAAAUCGAGCUGGAGAAGAAGCGUCAGGAAGAGGAAUUACGGCAGCGGCGUGAGGCUGAAGAGAAGAAACGCCGCGAGGAAGAAGAAAGACGACUCCGCGAGGAAGAGGAGAAGAAGCGCCGCCUAGAGGAAUUGCAGAGGAAGGAAGAGGAAGCCCGCAAGCAGCGCGAAGAAGAAGAAAGGCUCCGCAAAGAACAGAUUGAGCGAGAGGCUGCCGAGGAAGCGCGACGUCUCCGGGAAGAGGAGGAGCGCAAAGAGCGUGAACGCAAGGAACGCCUCCAUCGCGAGGAGAUGGAACGCAAGCGGGCCGCCAAAGAGGCCGAACAGCGCCGAAUCCUCGAGGAACAAGAGCGUUUACGCCUGGCAAAGCUCCCGCCUCUCUUGCGCUGGCUGGAUGGUUGCCCCAACCCCAGAACGCCCGAACUUGCGGCUAAGUUCAAGCACAUGCAAGGCGUGCGGUACGAUACGAUUCGUCCGCAAGCCACCGGCACGGCAGAUGGUAGGGAGCAGUGGAUGCUCAACACUCAGGUCGCCCUGCUUCUUGGAGAGAAGGACCUCGCCUUAUCAAAAUACACGGCUUGGGAACACAUCCCCGUAUCUGACCUCGCCAAAAAGGUCAUCUGGAGACUCGAGUCAGACCGGUAUGCCUUGGUCAACGAAAGUCUUUAUGAGCUUGGGACGGGUCUGUCGAAUUACUACGGCGAAGGCCAAGACCCUUUCAAGAUGAGCUACCGCAUGAAGGAGAGACUCCGUGGUGAAGCGCGGGAGAAGUUCCUUAAGCUGGACAUGUUCUUUGUCAAAGUAUCGGACCUGAUGUUCAUAGUUCCGAGCAUCCCUCAUCUCCGGAGUCUCAAAAUGAGCGUCGAGUAUCGCGAGCUUCCCGACGAUGAAGGUCAACUCUACGGGUGGAAGGUUCCGCAAAAGUGGAAACAAGAUCCGGACGCUGACCGGUUUUACGGAUUCGCGCCGAGGAACAAAUAUUACAUCAACGGCGUCAUGGUUGAGGAGCAGAAGCCUGGAAUGUCUGCCACAAGCAGCACCCCUUUUCCUGAGAAGCGGGCCCCUCGAAAGGGACUGCAGCAGAUUUUCCCAGGCGAUCCCGAUUAUGCUCGCGUCUGCAAAGAACAGGGGCUGGAGCACCUCUUGAACGGCACCAAACCCCCGACGCUGUCCAACGGCGGACAAUUGUCACCGAGAAGCCAGUCGAAUGCUACAGAGACGUCGACUGAGACGUCACAUGGCCCUCAGGCUAUAGUCUCUGGCCCAGCAGCCACAUCGGCACCGGCAGCCACAUCGGCACUGACUGAAGCUAGGCUUCUACCGAACGGAGUUCACGGCGUCUCAGCUUUAGGUUCCAACUGA